CAAAAAGUGAUGGAAACUCGCGGCCUCAUUCUUUUGUCAUCUUUGCUUCUUCCUCUCCUCCUAACUACAACUUCAGCUCAACUUAGAAGUGACUUCUACAAAAACACAUGCCCCAAUGUGGAAGCAUUAGUCCGAUCAGCAGUCACAAAGAAGUUCCAGCAGACCUUUGUGACUGUUCCAGCCACUCUUAGGCUCUUUUUCCACGACUGCUUUGUCCGGGUUUGUAGGCUAAUCUUCAUGAUCAUAAUCUUUUGGUUGUUAUUAGGCACGUUUUGGUUGGCAAGAUGUUACCAAUUUAUAGCAGAGAAGGAUCACCCUGAUGACAUUUCUCUUGCUGGUGAUGGAUUUGACACUGUGAUCAAAGCUAAGGCGGCUGUUGAUAACGAUCCUCAGUGCACAAACAAAGUUUCCUGUGCUGAUAUACUAGCUCUGGCCACUAGAGAUGCGGUAGCAUUGGCAGGGGGGCCAUCUUACACAGUCGAAUUGGGGAGACGUGAUGGGAGAAUAUCUACAAUUGCGGGCGUUCAAAACAAUCUUCCUCAUCCUGAUUUCAAUUUAGACCAGCUCAAUGCCAUGUUUAGCUCACACGGUCUCACCCAGACAGAUGUGAUUGCAUUAUCAGGUGCGCACACGGUUGGGUUCUCUCAUUGCAGCCGUUUCUCCAAACGAAUAUACAGAUUCAGCCCUCAAAACCGGAUUGACCCGACACUAAAUUUAGCCUAUGCUUUACAGCUAAGACAGAUGUGUCCAUUAAAAGUUGACCCCAGAAUCGCCAUUAAUAUGGACCCAACCACACCUCAGACAUUCGACAAUGCCUACUACCGAAAUCUUCAGCAAGGAAAAGGUCUCUUCAACUCUGAUCAAGUAUUGUUUAGAGAUACAAGGUCAAGACCCACUGUCAACUUAUUUGCAUCAAACAAUGAAGCUUUUAAACAGGCCUUUGCAAGUGCUAUCACAAAACUAGGCCGAGUAGGCGUUAAGACUGGAAAUCAAGGUGAGAUUCGACGUGAUUGCACGAGGGUGAACUAGAAGCUGGGAGUUUCCCUUUUUCCCUCAACUUUCUUCUCUCUUCAAGUUACGUACGAUUUUAGUUUCUUGAUCAAGCUUUGUGAUUUGAUAGGGUAUCACUAUCUGUAUGAGCAUCUCUAA